AUUUGAAGUAAGAAAAUGGAACAGAAGCAUAUUGUGAUGUCAGCUGUCGGCGUAGGGAUUGGUGUUGGAGUUGGAGUUGGCCUAGGGUUAGCUUCAGGACAAACGUUAAGCAAGUGGACUGGUUCAUCAUCUUCAUCAAACUUAAUCACGCCGGAAAAGAUGCAGAAGGAAAUGCUUAACCUAAUUAUCGACGGCAAAGAUAGUAACAUCACAUUUGAUUCAUUUCCAUAUUACAUCAGUGAUCAGACAAGGAUUUUGCUUACAAAUGCAGCUUAUGUUCACUUUAAGAAAUCCGAUUAUUCCAAAUACACAAGGAAUCUUGCACCUGCUAGUAGAAAAAUUUUGCUCUCAGGACCUGCUGGUUUGUUUCAUAUAAUUUUGUUUCAAAUCAUUCUUUUACAUAUUCUGAUAUUGCCUUGUUUUUUUCGUCAAGAAUUUUACCAUCAAAUGCUUGCAAAGGCAUUAUCUCAUUGUUUUGAAGCUAAGUUGCUCUUAUUAGAUGUAAAUGAUUUCAUCUUAAAGAUCCAAAGCAAAUAUGGAGCAGCUGCAAUUUACACUAAUAAAUCUGUAAGCUUAUAUCCAAAAACUGAUCUCAAGAGGUCUAUGUCUGAUUUGUUUGGAUCACUUUCUAUGCUUUCAUCAAAGCAAGAAGGCCAAAAAGGCACACUCCGAAGGCAAAGUAGCAGCAUAGAGAUUGGAUCCAGGGGAACCGAAGCUUCUAAUCUCACAAAGCUUCGUAGAAACGCUUCCAUUUCAUCAGACACGAACGAUUUAGCCUCCAAUUAUAAUACUACUACAACAACUACAGGUUCAGAAAAAAUUACAGCACCUCUUAAAAGAACAAACAGCUUGUCUUUCGAUGAGAAGCUUCUCAUACAAACACUUUACAAGAUUCUGGUUUCAGUAUCGAAAAAGGAUCCAAUUGUCCUCUACAUUAGAGAUGUUGAUAAGCUAUUAAGUAGAUCGGACAGGAUGUGCAACUUUGUUAAAAAAAUGUUGGAGAAACUCUCAGGGCCUAUCCUGAUCCUUGGUUCACAUAUUCUUGAAGAUUGUAGUCAAAGAGAAAUGGAUGAGAGGGUUACUUCUGUUUUCCCUUAUAAUAUCGAGAUUAAGGCCCCUGUCGAUGAAACUCGUCUUGUCAGCUGGAAUACACAGCUUCAGGAGGAUAUGAAGAUGAUCCAAUUUCAGGAUAACAUGAACCAUAUUAUUGAGGUCAUGUCUGCUAAUGAUCUUGAUUGCGACGAUUUUGCUAAAAUUUGCACAGCAGAUACCGUUGGUAUUAGUAACUAUAUCGAAGAAAUUGUUAUGUCUGCAAUUUCUUAUCAUUUGAUGAAUAAUAAGGAUCCUCAAUACAGAAAUGGGAAACUUGUUAUUUCUUCAGACAGUUUGGCCCAUGGGUUAAGCAUAUUUCAAGAGGGAAAAUCCUCUGGAAGGGACACACUCAAGAUGGAAGCACAGAAUGCCCAGAAGGAUGUUGCUGGAGCAAUAAAGUCAGAACCCAAGAACACAACUGUUGAUAAGAAAUCUGUAACAAAAGCAACUGUCUCUGUAGCAAAGGAUGGCAAUAAUUCAGUUUUGGCAGCUAAAAUUCCUGAAAAACCACCUCAGGACAACGAAUUCGAGAAGCACAUUAGACCCGACGUCGUGCCUGCAAACGAGAUAAACGUUUCAUUUGAAGAUAUAGGCGCAAUGGAAGAGAUUAAAGAAUCUCUUCAAGAGCUAGUUAUGUUACCUCUUCGAAGGCCAGACCUCUUUGUGGGAGGUCUUCUAAAGCCAUGCAGAGGAAUAUUAUUAUUCGGCCCACCUGGCACGGGCAAAACUAUGUUGGCAAAAGCCAUUGCGAAAGAAGCGGGUGCAAGCUUCAUUAACGUGUCCAUGUCAACCAUCACGUCAAAAUGGUUUGGCGAAGACGAGAAGAACAUAAGAGCAUUAUUCACUCUUGCUGCCAAGGUCUCUCCAACAAUAAUAUUCGUGGAUGAAGUUGAUAGCAUGCUCGGGCAAAGGACUAGAGUAGGGGAACACGAAUCUAUGAGGAAGAUAAAGAACGAGUUCAUGACACAUUGGGAUGGUCUCUUAACAAAAGCUAGCGAGAGGAUUCUCGUUCUUGCAGCAACAAAUAGACCGUUUGAUCUUGAUGAAGCCAUUAUCAGACGCUUCGAAAGGAGGAUUAUGGUUGGGCUACCAUCGGUAGAGAACAGGGUGAAGAUUUUGAAAGCGCUUUUGUCGAAAGAAAGUGGGGUCGAAUUAUUAGACUUUAAGGAGCUGGGGACUAUGACAGAAGGAUAUAGUGGAAGUGAUUUGAAGAAUCUAUGCACAACCGCUGCUUACAGACCAGUUCGAGAACUAAUCAAGAGAGAACAGCUUAAAGAUAUGGAGAAAAAACAAGAGGACAAAGAAGAGAAACAUGUCAGCAUCAGACCAUUGAACAUGGCCGAUUUCAGAGAAGCAAAGACUCAGGUUGGGGCUAGCUUUGCUACUGAAGGAGCCAUAAUGGGUGAGUUGAAGCAAUGGGACAGUUUAUAUGGAGAAGGAGGUUCAAGGAAAAAGGAACAGUUGACCUACUUCAUGUGAAUAUGUAUGUAUAACUACUACUAUAUACCAUGUUGUUUUU